AUUCAAUUCUUCCGUGGAAUGGAAUCCCCCCCACCCUACGCAUUAUCGACGCAAUGUCACUGUAAGUUACUGGUCAAUGACACGAGACGGCCUCAGCAAAGAAUGUUCUAGCUGUUAUCGUGUCUGUGGGUGAGCAUGACUCAACACAUUUUGCAACCUUGUGACCCAGGAGAGCUCGUAUUGAGCAGAUAGAGGCAUACUAGGUUGUUACUCAAGAAAGUGAGACGCAGUUAUAAUAUCAUCGUGGAACAAUAAUAGCUGUGAAUAUCAGACAUGGGAUCUUCACCAAGUUUCCCCGUGGUGUCGUUACCGAGAGAGAGGAUCGUUAUUGUAACGGGUGGCAAUACCGGGAUUGGCUAUGAAGCUGCAAAACAUAUAGCGAUGAUGGGGGCUACCGUCAUAAUUGCCUGUCGAUCCGAACAAAGAGCCACUGAUGCAAUCAAAAGGAUGAAUGAAGAUUAUGAACAAAUCAAAGCUGACGGUAAAUUAGAGGCAGGACAUAUAAAUGAAGCCAAACUCCCGGUAGAGUUCAUGCAGCUGGACCUGGCUUCGCUGAAAUCAACGAUGGACUUUAUAGAGGCAUUCAAGGCUUCCGGGCGGAAACUCCAGGUUCUGUUGUGUAAUGCUGGUCUGGCAGCAGUUGAGAGAGAAAUCACUGACGAUGGGUAUGAGAUGCAGUUCCAGGUGAACUACCUGACUCACUUCCUGAUUGUCGCCCAUCUGCUGCCUAUCAUGAAGAACUCGGGAGAAGACUGCAGAAUUGUUUUCACGUCAAGUUUGGCUCACAAGUUCGCCAGAUUUGACUUGGACAAGGCACAAGCACAGAACCCAUCAGAUUUUGACAAAUUGCGUUACUAUGGCAACUCAAAGUUAUAUCAGAUCCAGCACAUGUUCAGCCUUCUACGUCGUCAGCAUGGACAACAAGUCGCAGUGAUGUCAUAUCAUCCAGGUGGAGUCAACACAGAGUUGGGGAGGCACUAUCAGAAGCGACGACUGUAUUCCUUUUUCCUCUCGGCCAUGUCUACUUUAAGAAUAUUUCGGACUCCUUUCCAAGGGGCGGUAACUUUGGUAGACGCUGCAGUGAAUCCCGCGAAGAAGGGGUUGAAUGGUGUCUAUCUCGUUGAUUGUAAGCCAGCUUCAAUGUCCAGUGAUGCCAGGAAUGAAAAGUUCCAGGAGGAAUUGUGGACGUACACGCUGGAGUGUCUGAAGCAGUAUCUUCCCGAAGAUGUCCUCAGUGCAUUGGAAGGACCAUCUUCUUGAACAGGAACAACAAAUCAGGAGAUAUAAGAUAUAUACACUUCUGCAUGAGACAGUCAGUCCAUUACCACAUUUACUGGGAUAUAACCAUGCAUAUUAUCACUAAUGGCACUCAUAACAGCCGAGAUCUAAACGCAGAGAUCUGAGAUUAUAAAGAAUCGGUGAAUAUGAUUAGUCAACAUGUGAUGAAACAUAUGUAUAUAAGCAUAGCUUGAGAAGAAUUCAUUAUGGUAUCGUCAGAAUCGGAGAGUGGACCGAUUUUAGCACAUUUUCUUUUGUAUUCCUAAAUGGAAACUAUGUGACAUCGCACCGAGAUUGUGAUUUUGAUAUUCUCUUGUCUGAGUAGUUGGAUAUACCCAUGCUCAUGAUUAUUGAGACCCCUACAAUAUGACAUGACACCGGUGUUCUGGCCUGUUAACAACAUUAAACAUCUGUAGUGUGAUUUACUUCUGUUUACACAUUUUAUUCACAAACUGAAAACGAUCUAGGACGAGUUCUUACAACACAUAAAACCUCUCUCCAAGAAUAUGUACAAUAGCAAAUUACAUCACAGGCAACUAUUAGAAACUUGCACACAGGAAUAUUGACUGUAAAAUGAAAUAUUAUAAUACAAAAGGUACAGUUCGAGACAACUUCUGGCAUCUUUUUGAUUUGCUUAUGUAUGGUUUAAUAUAUUUUCAUUUUUAUAAUUAGUCUGUUCUGCAAUACCAAAAGAACACAACAAUCACAAACAUCUAGAAUGACUUUAAA